CCUGGUGAUGGGUUGCCCGGCGGUCGCCUGGUAACCGGCCGCGGAGGUCCUGGCUGCGCCAGCGCAGGCCGCGGAGGUCUGUGGGCCGGAGCUGACGGUAGACUCUUUCUGUCUGUUCCGCGAUGGCAGCGGCAGUGGUCACGCCGUCGGGUUUGGAGGAUGGGGUGUCUCGGUCCCGCGGCGAAGGGGCAGGGGAGGUGGUCGUGGAACGGGGCCCUGGCGCGGCCUACCACAUGUUCGUGGUGAUGGAGGACCUGGUGGAGAAGCUGAAGUUGCUCCGCUAUGAGGAGGAUCUCCUCCGGAAAAACAACCUGAAGCCCCCGUCCAGACACUAUUUUGCACUGCCUACCAAUCCUGGGGAACAGUUCUACAUGUUUUGCACUCUUGCUGCUUGGUUGAUUAAUAAAGCAGGACGCCCCUUUGAGCAGCCUCAAGAAUAUGAUGACCCUAAUGCAACAAUCUCUAACAUAUUAUCUGAACUUCGAUCAUUCGGGAGAACUGCAGAUUUUCCUCCUUCAAAAUUAAAAUCGGGUUAUGGAGCACAUGUAUGCUAUGUUCUUGACUGUUUAGCCGAAGAAGCAUUAAAAUAUAUUGGUUUCACUUGGAAAAGACCAACAUACCCAGUGGAAGAAUUAGAAGAAGAAACUGUUGCAGAAGAUGAUGCAGAAUUAACAUUAAAUAAAGUGGAUGAAGAAUUUGUGGAAGAGGAGACAGACAAUGAAGAAAACUUCAUUGAUCUCAGUGUUUUGAAGGCCCAGACCUAUCGCUUGGAUAUGAACGAGUCUGCCAAACAAGAAGAUAUUUUGGAAUCCACAACAGAUGCUGCGGAAUGGAGUCUAGAAGUGGAACGUGUACUACCACAACUGAAAGUCACGAUCAGGACUGACAAUAAGGAUUGGAGAAUCCAUGUUGACCAAAUGCACCAGCACAAAAGUGGAAUUGAAUCUGCUCUAAAGGAGACCAAGGGAUUUUUGGACAAACUUCAUAAUGAAAUUAGCAGGACUCUGGAGAAGAUUGGCAGCCGAGAAAAGUACAUCAACAAUCAGCUUGAGCACUUGGUUCAGGAAUAUCGUGCAGCUCAAGCCCAGCUGAGUGAGGCAAGGGAGCGUUACCAGCAGGGAAACGGCGGAGUAACUGAAAGGACCAGACUCCUGUCUGAGGUUACAGAAGAGCUAGAAAAGGUAAAACAAGAAAUGGAAGAAAAAGGCAGCAGUAUGACUGAUGGAGCUCCUUUGGUGAAGAUUAAACAGAGCUUAACGAAGCUGAAGCAAGAAACUAUUCAGAUGGACAUUAGAAUCGGUGUUGUGGAACACACAUUACUCCAGUCAAAAUUGAAGGAGAAGUCCAACAUGACCAGGGACAUGCAUGCCACAAUCAUUCCAGAAUCUGCAAUAGGCUCUUAUUAAAACAUAUCGUUUUUCAGGCUUCUGAUUAGUUGUUUUUUUUAAUAUCAAAUCAUACUUCAUGUUGCAUAGACUUCAAAACACAGUUAUUCCUUUUAAAGCAUGUUGAACGGGUAUUUUUUACAUAUAUACACACAUAUUGUAUGUGUGUAUACAUACAAUGAUGAUUAUGGAUGGUCAGAGCCUUUCAAUUGAAUAUAAUAUUUAAUAAAGUAAUGAAAAAUUCUCACUUUCAAA